UUUCGGAAAUCCAGAGGUAGCGCCUGCCUUCUGAGCUUUACAUAAGACUGGGAGGCUCAGUAACGACGUUUCACUGAAGAACAGAUUCGCAUUCUUGACAUAUGCUUUUUACCUGAUAGAGAACAAGAGAACCUAGUGUGGAUGCCAGCAAUGGCCUUUAUAAAGGUACAGCCCAAGCGAAUAGCCCUGUUCUUCAGAAGAGGCCGCUGUAUCUCUCAUGUGAAUAACUCUGUUAAAACACAAGUGUAUAACUGUAACUCCACUGCAGCGGAGCCUCUCUGGCUAGCAGGCCCAUCCCUAGAUAAGAAACCUCAGUUUUUAAUGAACAAACUCCACCCAAGGUGCCGGCCAUACUUAAAGUCACCAGUAUCCUGUAGUUGUAUCAGCAUUCAUGCAUAUUCAGCAAAUCAACCUUCUGAGAGGGUCAAGAACAGCCAGCCCAACAUCCUUGAAUCAAAAGCAUCACCAGCAGUCUUGGAGGGCCAGACACUUGCCAUGGGCAUGUGGUCCCUGGGCCUUGGAGCUGUGGGAGCUGCCAUAGCAGGCAUAAUUCUUGCCAACACAGACCUUUUCCUGACCAAGCCUGAACCUGCCACUGUAGAGUACCUGGAGGAUGCUGACCUCAAAACUACCUUUGGAGAUGACAAGACAUUUAAAGCUCAAACCCUGUGGGAGAAGUCGGGUGCAGUGAUCAUGGUUGUACGGAGGCCUGGAUGAUUUUUGUGCAGAGAGGAGGCUGCUGAGCUGUCCUCUCUGAAGCCCCAGCUGGACCAGCUUGGGGUCCCUCUGUAUGCUGUUGUCAAAGAAGACAUUGGUACAGAGAUUCAAGACUUCAGACCCCAUUUUGCUGGGGAUGUUUUUCUUGAUGAAAAGCGAGCUUUCUAUGGACCACCCCAGAGGAAAAUGGGUGGUCUUGGCUUCAUUCGUCUAGGAGUUUGGCAGAACUUCUUUAGAGCUUGGAAGUCAGGUUACCAGGGAAACAUGAAUGGAGAGGGCUUCAUCCUGGGUGGGGUAUUUGUCAUAGGAUCUGGCAAGCAGGGGGUCCUUCUUGAGCACCGGGAGAAGGAGUUUGGUGACAAAGUCAGCACUGAGUCCGUUUUGGAGGCAGCUAAGAAAAUAGUGGUAGAGAAAUAGUUUUUUUUUUUUUUUUUUUUUUUUUUUUUUUUUUUUUUUUUAUAAUUUUUGAUGUGGAAAAUGUUGUCAAGGUAAAUUAAAACAGUAACAAACAUUUGUCAUUUUAAGUUUUCCCAGAAAUGAAAGCUUAAGCUACUAACAAACAGAUUAACUAUUUACACAUCACACCUCAGUUUCUACAUUGAUGCUGUGAAUGUAAAGGAAAGCUCAGGUUCUUGUAAACUUAGUUGGUACUACAGAAUAAUGUUAGGGACUAAAGCACAAAGUGUUGCAGAAAUGAACUUCCAUUCAGGUGCUUAGUAAUUCUUGCUGUUUGCCUCACUAAUUUGUUUUGGCACUUUAGAAAUGGCUUUGCUGUGGUUCUUCACUCAGUUAUGUUGUUGGCUGUCUGUUGCUGGGCUGGUGACUUGGUUUGUGUGUUUUAAUGACAAUCUGUCUCAAAACUCUUUAGUGAGAGAGCAGAUUUGAAGCUUGACAUUCUUUCCUUCUCACCAGUGUUUAGUCAGGAGACAGCCAGUGGUUCUGAAUCAGGUGGAGUAUGCCAUUUGCAAUAAACAAAACAGCAGACAUAAAA